AUCCAUGGGAGGGGUGUUCCUAGAAACCGCCCCCUCCCACUUGAGCGCUGCUCGCUUCUGAUCCAUUUCGUGAAUAUCAAAUACACACGACGCCUCCAUGUUGGAAAGAGUAUAGAGGGGGAUACAAUUAUUUUGAAAAUGAGAGUUCAAGUAACGGGAUUAUCGGAACUGUCCCAUUUUCGUAUUGAAACUUGACCGAGGCGAGCUUUUUCGUCGUUUCAUCAUUGUUUCAGUCAACGUCAAUUUUUAUGUUGAAUUGAACACUGAUCAGUUCAAGGCUAGCUCUAGUUGCUAGCCAGACGUUAGCAACGUUUUCUUAUUUUUAGUUCAACGUUGGGAGUUUGUUUUGCCCAUGCUGUUCUUGAAUGUUGCUUGCUAAAUUGGAUAUUCCCAGCGAUUGACAAGUGGUGGUAUUUUGCCUUUAAACCACUAGCUAGUUACAUGUAGCCCCUCCUGUGYCCCGUCUCAGUCCAUUUGGCCAUCGUUACACUAGCUAGCUAGUUUAGGGCCCGGCUGCCAUUUCAACACAGCUAGCAAGGCAGCUACGGUAGCUAACGUCUAGGCUAACGUUAACCAUUGUGGACUAGGACUAGCUGGACAUCUUGUUUGUAGAAAACAAGCAAGUAAAUAAACAUUCAAACGAACCAAAAAGGAAUAACCAUCCGUCGCAAUGGACCACACGUCUAUAAUAACCCAGGUUUCCAACCCAAAGGAGGAGGAGAUUAUCUCGUUUAAUCAGGAAAAAGUCUCCCAGUCCAACAGCAGUUUGAAGAAGCAGAGGAGUCCAGGCGUUUUCAGUACGUUCUUCUGUUGCUUUAGAAACUACAAUGUGGAGCCUCCUGCCUCCAACAACACAACCACCUCCCUGCCUCCAGCCCCAGAGGAGAACGGGACACAACCAAAGUUUGACCAGGUCGAGGUUAUUCCUAUCCCUAGUCCUCCAGCCAAAUUCCUCCUACCAGAGAUGAACAUAUCAGACUAUGGGAAGAAGUGUGUAGUGAUCGACUUGGAUGAGACAUUGGUACACAGCUCAUUCAAGCCCAUUAGCAAUGCUGACUUCAUAGUCCCAGUGGAGAUAGAUGGCACAGUUCAUCAGGUGUACGUGCUGAAGAGACCCCAUGUGGAUGAGUUCCUGCAGAAGAUGGGAGAGCUGUUUGAAUGUGUUCUCUUCACGGCUAGUCUCGCAAAGUAUGCUGACCCUGUGGCGGAUCUUCUGGACCAGUGGGGUGUGUUCCGAGCCCGUCUGUUCCGGGAGUCAUGUGUGUUUCACCGGGGGAACUAUGUUAAGGACCUGAGCAGGCUGGGUAGAGAGCUCAGUAACGUCAUCAUACUGGACAACUCUCCUGCCUCCUACAUCUUCCACCCCGAGAACGCUGUGCCGGUCCAGUCGUGGUUUGAUGAUCUGAGCGACACCGAGCUACAGGACCUGCUGCCCUUCUUCGAGGGCCUGAGCAGAGAGGAAGAGGUGUAUGGUGUGUUGCAGAACCUCCGGGGCAGGUAGCGCCAGGGUAACACCACCUUCCUCCUUUCUCUCCCUCCCUCUCUCUCGCUCUCUCUCUCUCUCACUCUGCCUCUUUAACGACACACCAUCGCUCAGGCUUAGACAGAUUUCCCGGCCUCCGGCCCCCUGGGGCCAACCUGGAGUCACACUGUGGAUUGUAGUGGGCAACCCAACACCAGACACCCCAAACAGUACACCUCUCUCCGCUAUGGUAUCCUCUCCUAGAGGCUGGGGGCUCACUGUAGUCAGAGUGGAGAAUACUCCAACUCCCAUGGAGCACAGUGGCGGAACCAGGAAGCUCGACUGUGACAUCAUCGGUUAGAAGAUGUGUAUGGAGCGGCAGAAUGCGUUUUUGAUUUGAGGGAACGGACGCACAGGAAGAAACUCCAGUCUUGUGCUGUGACACCGACUAACAGGCAGAGUUGUUACUUUUAACCAAAAAUCUAUAUUUUGUGUGGAAAUGUUUUUUGUUGUGAAGAUAACCGAUAAAUUCAGUCUUGAGUAUUAGGUCCUCGUAUUGUUGCUAUGCAUCAGGCAGUGUCUGGUAGUUUGAAAGGACUGUGAUUUAAUGUUUUUCCUUUUCUUACCGAAUGAAGUGCCUUGUUUGAAUGUGGUUAUGAGGAGAUAUUUUGUACAUGGCAUAUUUGCAGAAUACUUCUUCAGUCUUUUUAUUGAAUUCUGUCUAUACUUUAAAAUGGAGACCGCUAUGAUUCUUUAUAACAAAGCACUGUUGUUAUUUUAGCAGAUUGUCAUACCUUGUAUUGGUUACACGUUAUAUUCUCUUCUUUUUGACACCAUAUAAGUGUUUUAUUUGAUCUUUAUCUUGCUGUCUUCACUAUACCAUAGAAUAGUGUAUUAUGGGUAAUUUGUUUUAAGAAGCAAAGGAAUAUGUAACUUUCUACAUAGCAAUUAGGCCGAAUUUUUGGGGGAAAACAUCCUGAACCAUAGUUGAAUUUGUGCCAACAUUUUUCAAUACAUUUCUUUUAUUCGUUUUUGCCAAACGUGAUUUCAAUUGUUAAAAUCUAAGUAGGGGUUUACCUCGGUCUAUUUUAAGGAGUUUUGCCAGUUAACGAAUGCCAUUCAGUUAUGUUUUGAAGUGAAUGGAUCCUACUUUGUUAGCAAUCCAUUUAAUUAUUUUAGUCUGCUAGUUUUUAACUAGGAUACAUUUC